AUGCGUUCAGCCGCUUUUCUUGCCAGCCUUGGACUCGCCGGCCUGGUUGUCGGCGCUCCACCGGCUCCGCAUAGCGUUAGAGCUCGCCAAGCUUCCGGUGCUCAAAAUGUCGUUUAUUGGGGAGGCACUAACAACGAAAGCGACGACCUUUCCACGUAUUGUGCACCCAACGCAGGCAUUGACAUCCUUGUUCUGUCAUUCUUGGAUAUUUACGGCUCUACUGGCAGCAUUCCGGCAGGCAAUAUUGGUAAUACCUGCUACGUCGGUACGAAUGGCGCACCUCAGCUAUGCGAUGGUCUGGCUGCUUCAAUAGCCAGCUGCCAGGCCGCUGGUAUCAAGAUUAUCUUGUCUCUUGGAGGCGCGGCCGGCUCUUACUCGCUCCAGUCGCAGUCACAGGCUGUUUCAAUUGGCCAAUAUCUCUGGGAGGCCUAUGGCAACUCUGGCAGCACUUCUGUCCAGCGGCCCUUUGGCAACGUCUUUGUCAAUGGCUUUGACUUUGACCUCGAGCUGAACCUUGGCAACCAAUACUACCAGUAUCUGAUAUCAACCCUCCGAUCCAACUUCGCCAGUGACCCGAGCCAUACGUAUUACAUCACAGGAGCGCCGCAGUGCCCCCUGCCGGAACCUAAUAUGGGAGAAGUCAUAAGCAAUUCCCAGUUCGACUAUCUCUGGAUUCAGUUCUAUAAUAACAACGGCUAUGGGCCGGACCCCUGUUCUCUUGGGUUACCUGGCGACGCACCGUUUAACUACAACAACUGGACGUCAUUUAUUGCCACUACGCCUUCCAAAAACGCAAAACUAUUUGUAGGAGUGCCUGCGAACACUUUGGCUGCUAAUGGCAAUUCAGGCGGUGCGGUUUACUAUGCUUCGCCAUCGCAGCUGGCUUCCAUUAUCGCGGAUGUCAAGUCCAGCCCAGACUUUGGAGGAAUUAUGAUGUGGGACGCUGGGUACUCGGAUGCCAAUGUCAACAACGGAUGCAAUUACGCCCAGGAGGCCAAGAACAUCCUCCUUACUGGCGCUCCCUGCGGCGGCUCAUCGCCGCCGGCCAGCAGCAGCGCCCCUACAUCCACCGCAAAGACAACCAAGCCCGCUAGUAGCAGCACCUCCUCAGCCUCCGGAACAGGCCCGACGGGAAGCGGCACAGUACCCCAGUGGGGCCAGUGCGGCGGAGAAGGAUACACAGGCCCAACACAGUGUGUUUCUCCUUAUAAAUGCGUUGUAUCAAGUGAAUGGUGGUCCUCUUGCCAGUAA